AUGGGGCUUGUACUAUAUGACAAGUCACGGCAACUUCCUGACCAUUGUUUACAUGUAAUCGGUAAUUGUCAAAGUAAUUUUGCCAUCGACGGAACUAACCAAACUUCUGUUUGUUACUUUUUUUCAAUUGUUUUCGUUGCAUUUUCUGUUGCCUUAGCUUUGGGAGUCCCAUGCAAGUCUCCAUGUUUCCUAGUUGCAACUCCACAGGAAAUAAAAGCUUUGGACUACAACAGCGCUACAACUUAUCCAAUCAUCUCGAAUUUAACGAGAGUUGGAGCAAUAGAUGUCCAUUUCAACCUGGGUUACAUAUUUUGGAGUGACGUCACAGAAGGAAACAUUAAGCGAGCUAACAUCGAUGGAACAAAUAUCACUUUACUCCGCAAUGGCAUAGAAAGCGAUGGCCUUGCGGUGGACUGGAUGUCAUCGCAGUUGUACUGGACUGAUAGGAAAGGUGCGAUAUCGAUAUCAGACUUAGAAGGCAACAACAGACGUAUUCUACAUUCUUCAAAGAAAUGGCGAGCUACUUAUCGUGGUAUUGUUCUUGAUCCUGAGCGCAAGAGUUUAAAUAACAGACUGAUGUUUUCUGCCCAAACAAUAAUAAACUGAAGGAACUGCAGAGAAAUGAGCAGCCAAACGAGUGCAAAGCGAAGGAACGCCCGAACACAACGCAACUGAACAAACGGAUGGUCGAAAGUGCAGACAGACACUCGCCGCUCAAACACUGAACAAAAGGGAGUUUAAGCAACGACGCCAACGCCAAGGACAACGCCUAUCAAAGAACGACGUUAUAUUCAACCCACGAAUCUCGCAAUAAUUUACAUUCACUCAGUUUUUCUAUCACUGUCAGAGAUAUUUUAUGCGGAAUAUGUAUGACAGCGUCAAAAUUGGAAAAAUAAAUUUUAAAAUUAGCCGUCGUAUUUCACGUUCUCUAGAAUACGCAGAACGUGGUUAUUCCGUGUUGUUGUUUGU